GAUGACAUCAUACGCAACUCUUGGCCGCCUGCUGUGACGUCGCCGCCUCCUCACUCGGCGCUGUCGCUGGGAGUUCGGCUACGGGCGAACUGGUGAAUCUCCGCGUCGUGACAGUCCGAGCGGCCUUUCUUCCAAAGUUUUUCUUCGACUCUCGGACGUGUCGGAACAAGGGACAGGGUGGUUUCUCCGUUUUGUCCAUGCCCGGGAGUACCCUGGGAGCGAGAAGACAGCAUUGGUGCCUCUGACUGUCCCUCAGGAUGAGUGAGGCUGAAAGUCAGUUCUACAGUGUUCAGGUGGGGGACUCCACCUUCACUGUGCUCAAUCGCUACCAGCAGCUCCGCGCCAUUGGCUCCGGGGCCCAAGGUAUUGUUUGCUCUGCCCUAGAUACAGUCCUGGGCAUCUCUGUGGCGGUGAAAAAGCUGUGUCGGCCCUUUCAGAACCAGACGCAUGCGAAACGUGCAUACAGGGAGCUGGUUUUGCUGAAAUGUGUCAACCACAAAAAUAUUAUCCGUUUGAUCAAUGUAUUCACACCUCAGAAGUCCCUAGAGGAAUUCCAAGAUCUAUAUCUGGUGAUGGAGCUGAUGGAUGCCAGCUUGUGCCAGGUGAUCCACAUGGAUCUGGACCAUGAGAGAAUGUCUUACCUGCUUUAUCAGAUCCUGUGUGGCAUUAGACAUCUGCACUCUGCUGGUAUCAUUCACAGGGACUUGAAGCCCAGUAACAUUGUGGUGAAGUCAGAUUGCACUCUGAAGAUCUUGGACUUUGGCUUGGCAAGGACGGCAUGCACCAACUUCAUGAUGACACCAUAUGUGGUGACCAGAUACUACAGGGCACCAGAAGUCAUUCUGGGCAUGAAGUAUAAGGAGAAUGUGGACAUCUGGUCUGUGGGUUGCAUCAUGGGAGAGAUGGUGAAAGGUGGCGUGAUCUUCCAAGGCACUGACCAUAUUGACCAGUGGAACAAAGUAAUUGAGGUUUUGGGCACGCCCAGUCUGGAGUUUAUGAACCGUCUGAUGGAUACUGUGAGAAACUACGUGAUGAACAAGCCACAGUAUCCAGGUGUCAGCUUUGCAGAGCUAUUCCCCGACUGGGCCUUUCCCUCGGACUCGGAACACGACAAGCUCAAGACGGGUCAAGCUCGAGACUUGCUGUCCAAAAUGCUGGUCAUCGAUCCGGAGUGCCGCAUCUCAGUGGAGGAAGCCCUCAAUCAUCCCUACAUUCACAUGUGGUAUGACCCCGCUGAGGCCGACGCGCCUCCUCCCCAAAUUUCGGACAAGCAGCUAGAAGAGAGAGAGCACAGCAUCGAGCAGUGGAAAGAGCUCAUUUAUGAAGAGGUGAUAGACUGGGAAGAAAGGAACAAGAAUGGUGUUAUGAAAGAGGAUUGUUCAGAUGUGGUGUCCAGUUCGGCCUCUCAGUCAUCCUCGGCCAAUGACAUCUCAUCGAUGUCCACGGAGCACACGGUGGCCUCGGACACAGACAGCAGCAGCAUCGAUACACUCACGGGGCCAUUGGAUGACAGUCAGUGAACGCAACCUGUCUUCCCCCAUUUACCCCCUCAUCCUCACAUCAAUUUGGCCUAUUUUUUUCCCCUUUCAAAUUGUGGAUCUUCUUAUCCUUUUCACUUCCAAACCAGUUUUGGACUGCUGCUUCAAGAUCAAAAUGUGUGCUAUGCGACUCAUUACCUUCCUAACUUGGUGGAUGAUGCAUGCAUUGGUUUACCAGGAGUACAUGUGGUGGCUUCGAAAUUGUUGUAUUUGAAUAGUUUUAUUUUUGUAGCAGAUAUUAUGUUGAAACAAGAGGUUUACUGUCAUCAACUUGUAGGCCGCAACUGUUCUCAUGCAUGUUUCGCCUAAGCAAACAAAAGCUUAAAGUCGAUGUUUAUGUGCUGAUAAACUCAGCCAAAGGUUGAUCCCUCGAUGCUCUCGCUGGCUUGCAAUCUUCUGCCGGUGCGCUCUGCAAAGUGCUCGGUCAUUCAACUGACCGAAAUUCUGUAGAGUAUUUAUUCCUGACAGCAUGGCAAAGCUGUGGUUGCAUUGUUUUAUUCCGUCAUGUAAUAUACUGUCUGUAAAGAUGCACACACACAUUGUGGUUGUAGAACGGAUUAAUUGCAAAUUGCGUGUUUUCUUCAAAAACUCUUUGUGCCUGUGGAUAUGUAUAUUAUUGCAAUCACCCACCAUUUUACAUAAGGUAUUCUUCUAGAAAAUAUAAUAUAAUGUUCUGUGCAAACAGAAACAUUCCCUCCUGUAAACUCGGGGUGGGCGUUUGUUUGUCAAAAGAUACAUGUUUUGUUUUUCUGUUCUAGCAUAAUGUUGCACUUUUUGAGGGCCAUGCAAUCAAUCAUCCCUCAACAUUUUAGUUUCAUCAACCAGCGCCCACGCAACUCCCUUACUAUACCAUUCCAUGACACAAGUAAAAACAACAACACAGUUCAGUGUUCAAUUUAGCGAUUGCCUUUUAUUAGGAAGACAACUUCUUUGAAGUCCUUGCUUGAUGUUUUUUGGUUCUGAAGGAUGUACCGACAGAUGUUCUGUUUUCUUUUGGCAUUGUUUUUGGCAGGUUAUUAAGAUGUUAUUCCACAGCACCCUCUUACAUUAUCAUUUGACAGUGGGCUUCUGUAUUUUAGUUUAACAACAUAAAGAUCCUGGGGGAUGAAUGAGGAUAGGAAUGUGGAUUAAACACUUCCGCCUGGUAAACAACCAGGAGACAAAUUUUGAAUAUGGACUUUGAAGCUUUAUGCAGAAAUUGACUCACUUGAGGACUAAAACGGUGACGCAGUACGCUAUGCCUCUGUUUCAAAAUGCAUCCGUUCACUCUCAUUCAUACCUUGAUUGACCUGAGAACUGGGCAGGUCACCUUUUCCCCUUUGUGUUGUACUUGUCAUGUGUUCUUCUCUUCUAAACACCUGUGCAUAUUGUUUUACUUGCUUGUCCCGUGCAAUCACAUAGGUUGCAUUAUCAUUCAGGAACCCAUUCUCUGGAGAAUUUAGUAGGAUGUCAUACUUGCUGCAAGUAUGAGGAAAAAUCCAAAACACAUUUGGGGGCUUUGAAAAGUUACGUUAUUUUAUGAAUGUUUUAAAAAUGCUAUGCUCUAACCCAAAUUACCACUGAAAGUAUCUGAGGACGUGGAUUAUGAUUUUUAACUAAAUUCUCCUGAGAACAUUAAGUAUUCGGCUAAUGUAGCUCAUACAAUUGUCAAACGUGCGUAGGUUUCAUUUCUGUACCUUUCAGAUUCCUCAUAAAGUACUCAUUACUCAUACAUCACUUUCCCAAAAGAGGAAAGGGAAUGUUCUGUCGAGGGAGAGAUAAAGUACUAUACAGCA